CCCGCCUCCGGGCCUCCGCCUUGACGCUGCCCGGGCCGGAGCCGAGCCGAGGAGCCGGAGCCGUGGAGACGUGGGAAACAUGGAGGCUUGAGGCGGCGUGCGCCACCCCAGCUGCGGCGGUGACCGAGGCUCGUCGUGUCCCCGCUGUUACCCAACCGUCUGUCCGUGCGCUGAAAGCGGAUCUCCCCGCCGGCUGAGGCAGGUUGUUUUGUGGAAAUGAAGGAUUAAGGACAAGUAAUCUACCAGAUUAAAAGAUGGGAUCAAACAGUAGCAGAAUUGGUGAUCUUCCUAAAAAUGAGUACUUGAAAAAGUUAUCAGGCACAGAAUCUGUCUCUGAGAAUGAUCCGUUCUGGAAUCAGCUUCUAUCAUUUUCUUUCCCUGCACCAACAAGCAGUACUGAGUUGAAGCUCCUAGAGGAGGCAACCAUUUCAGUCUGCAGGUCUUUAGUUGAAAAUAAUCCUCGAACAGGAAACCUUGGUGCACUGAUUAAGGUCUUCCUUUCUAGAACCAAAGAACUAAAACUUUCAGCAGAAUGUCAGAACCACAUCUUCAUCUGGCAGACACACAAUGCUUUGUUUAUUAUUUGCUGUUUGCUGAAAGUGUUCAUUUGUGAGAUGUCAGAGGAAGAGUUACAACUUCAUUUUACUUAUGAAGAAAAAUCUCCUGGCAGUUAUAGUUCUGAUUCAGAAGAUCUUUUGGAAGAAUUGCUCUGCUGUUUGAUGCAGUUAAUCACUGAUAUUCCACUCUUAGAUAUUACGUAUGAAAUAUCAGUAGAAGCUGUGUCAACAAUGGUGGUUUUCCUUUCUUGCCAACUCUUCCACAAGGAAGUUUUGCGACAGAGCAUCAGUCACAAGUAUUUGAUGCGAGGUCGAUGUCUUCCAUACACCAGCAAACUUGUGAAAACCUUAUUGUAUAACUUCAUCAGACAGGAAAAGCCGCCUCCUCCAGGAACGCAUGUGUUGCCUCAGCAGUCGGAUGGAGGAGGACUGCUCUAUGGACUGGCAUCAGGAGUAGCAACUGGACUCUGGACUGUCUUCACCCUGGGUGGCGUGGGCAGCAAAGUGGCCGCUGCCUCAGAACUUUCUUCCCCUCUGGCCAACCAGAGUCUUCUGCUUCUGCUGGUGCUGGCCAACCUGACAGAUGCUGCAGAUGCGCCAAACCCCUACAGACAGGCCAUCAUGUCUUUUAAGAACACACAAGAUAGCAGUCCUUUCCCCUCAUCAAUUCCACAUGCUUUCCAGAUUAACUUCAACAGUUUGUACAUGGCCCUGUGUGAACAGCAGACAUCCGACCAAGCUACUCUUCUUUUGUAUACAUUGCUCCAUCAGAACAGCAAUAUUAGAACAUACAUGUUGGCUCGCACAGAUAUGGAAAAUCUUGUUUUACCAAUUCUCGAGAUUCUGUAUCAUGUGGAAGAAAGAAAUUCACACCAUGUGUAUAUGGCUCUUAUAAUAUUGUUGAUCCUUACAGAAGAUGAUGGCUUCAAUAGAUCCAUUCAUGAAGUGAUGUUAAAAAAUAUUACUUGGUAUUCAGAGCGGGUUUUAACUGAAAUUUCACUGGGAAGUCUCCUGAUACUGGUUGUAAUAAGAACCAUUCAGUACAACAUGACAAGGACAAGAGACAAGUACCUUCACACAAACUGUCUGGCGGCUCUAGCGAAUAUGUCUGCGCAGUUUCGUUCCCUCCAUCAGUAUGCUGCCCAGAGGAUCGUCAGCUUGUUUUCCUUGCUGUCAAAAAAACACAACAAAGUUCUGGAACAAGCCACACAGUCCUUGAGAGGUUCAUUGAGUUCCAAUGAUGUUCCUCUACCAGAUUAUGCACAAGACCUAAAUGUCAUUGAAGAAGUGAUUCGAAUGAUGUUAGAGAUUAUCAACUCCUGCCUGACAAAUUCUCUUCAUCACAAUCCAAACUUGGUAUAUGCACUUCUUUACAAACGAGAUCUUUUUGAACAAUUUCAUACUCAUCCUUCAUUUCAGGAUAUCAUGCAAAAUAUUGAUUUGGUGAUCACCUUCUUUAGCUCAAGGUUGCUGCAAGCUGGAGCUGAGCUGUCAGUGGAACGAGUCCUGGAAAUCAUCAAGCAAGGGGUUGUCGCACUGCCCAAGGACAGGCUGAAGAAAUUUCCAGAACUGAAAUUCAAAUAUGUGGAAGAGGAGCAGCCCGAGGAGUUUUUUAUCCCCUACGUCUGGUCCCUGGUGUACAACUCGGCAGUAGGCCUCUACUGGAACCCACAGGACAUCCAGCUGUUCACAAUGGAUUCCGACUGAGAGCGGCCCCGUUCCCCGCCCCCCACCCCACCCAGCCUCUGACCCCCUCCAGCCGCAGCCUUUCUACUUAUGUUCUUUCUGGGGAACGGAGGUAGACAGAUUCCCUGGUGUGUCUUCUAUUAAAGAGGAUCACACAGGCGUGUUUCCCUUGCACACGUGGGUUUGGAGAAUUGGUGCCAGUUGGCAAUAGAUCACUCAGUUUAGAUUCUAGUGCAAAAAGUGGGAGGGGGGUACGCAACCAUAAUAAAUGUGAAAACCAGCUA